GAAUUUUUUGUUAGCAGUGACUUUUAUGAUGCUGAAGAAUCUUUUGUUAAUAAUGACUUUUAUAGUGCUGAGCAAUCUUCUUUUUGUAAUAACUAUUGCAUUGCAAACUAUUCUAUUAUUCACAACUAUUCUAUCAUCCACGACUAUUUUAUUGUCCAUGACUAUUCUGUUUAUAAACAUUCUGUUCAUGACCAUUCUGUUGCCCAUCAUUCUGUUGCCUAUCAUUCUGUUGCCCAUCAUCAUGAUAAUUCUGUUGCCCAUGAUUAUUCCAUUGUCUAUGACAAUGUUGUUGCCUAUGACCUUGGUCAAUCCGCUAAAUUUGGUAACAACAAAAUUACUAUACAAAACUCAUCACUUUUUAUACAAAAACAACAAGGUACUUUAGGGGCUAAGGCCCUUACAUACAAGAAACAUAAGCAAGAUAGUAUGGAAACAUCUAGCAUAGAUAACCUAGACUAUAAAGAUGCAGAAAAUAAGGAGUUGCUCCAAACAGUAGGCCAGAGCUCAGACAAUACAGUUAAUGUCGCAAGCAGUAGUUGUAUACAAGAAAAUAUAGCAGAAAACAAAAAAGAAACUGUUGAGAAAACCAAGUGGUAG